AUGGCCAGCAACACAACUCUACAGACGUUUCGAUCCCUCACAUGCUCAAUUCGCUCAUCAUGUCGACACACGCAACCCCUGCGACCGUUUUCGCACAGCACACGAGUCCUCGCUGCAACUCCUCCCUCCUUCCGCAAGAGGCCUGAGAAGAGUCUCGACCAGCUGCUCAGCAAUGUAGAUGAGAACUUCAGUGGCGCAGCCCCCAAUCCAUACAAUAUGAUACCCGGCCAAAACCCAAACGACCCUUCUUUCAAGAACCUCGCACCGCGCGAAUGGGACGAAGACGACAAACACAAACUCCAUGUUUACGCCACCAAGCACAACACACACCUGUGCCUGACACAGCCAAACCGAAACCCACUGAUCUCGGUAUCUUGCGGAAACAUCGGCUUCAGGAAAGCGGGGCGCGGAACAUACGAUGCAGCCUAUCAAUUGGCCGCCUUCCUCAUGAACCGAAUCCAGGACAAGGGCCUGCUGCCGCAGAUUCAGAAGUUGGAGUUGAUAUACAGAGGGUUUGGCGCAGGCAGGGAGGCAGUCACAAAGGCGAUAUUGGGUGCUGAGGGAAAGAGGAUACGGCCGCUGAUUGUGAAGCUGGCCGACUCGACGAGAUUGAAGUUUGGUGGUACAAGGAGCAAGAAGCCGAGGAGAUUGGGUUAG